AGGGUGGUAUUUCAAACCCCCGACAAGGAGGAUGAAGAGGCCCCCCAUCGUAAACUGGGGAAGCUGACUGUCAAGUACAAUCGCAAGGACUUGCAGAGGAGGCUAGAUAUCGAGGAGUGGAUUGACGGGCAGUUGCACCUGCUCUAUGACUGCGAGGAGGAGGAGAUUCCAGAAUUAGAAAUUGACAUCGAUGAACUGCUGGAACUUACAGAUGCAGAGCAGCGAUCAAAACUACAGGAACUUUUACAGGAAUGUGGCAAGCCUAAAGAGGAUUUUAUCAAUGGACUUUUAUAUCGCAUGAAGGGUCUGCGAAAAAUGUCUGUACCCCAGAAGAAAUGAGGCUGAAAUCUGUGGAUAACAGUAAUGUGAAGUCAUCUUUAUUUGGCAGUCUGGAUGUUUGUAUGUAGAUUGACAGUGUUCUUAACAGAACUAAUGUCUUGACAAAGGAUGCCUUCUCUACGCACACAUGGAUCAAUGUCGCUCUUGAUGUUGAAGGCCUAUGGACUGUUUUUGAACAUUAUUUAUGAAUAUUUUGACUUUUUGAGUCUGAUGUACAAAUGCAAUACUUGUAUUUUUGUCUUUUUGGGGGGGAGGGGGGGAUAAAAGCAAAUAAACACAAUUGUUGACAGUUUUGUCUAUCAAAAUACCCAUACAAAAUGACUUUUGUGACUAGCAUAAGGAUGUGUAAAGUUUCCCAUUUAUAUUUUCUGGUUACAGUGUCAGGUAACAUGGGAAUAAAAAAAGGAUUUCCAGUGUAUGAA